CUCUCCCAGUCACCACCGGAUGGGAGGAGAGGAGGAGGAUAGAUGUGUUAGAGUAAGCAGGAGAGAAAGAGAGAGGGAGGCAAGAGGUAUAGGAGCGGGUGGUUUACAUAUAAAGGUGUAGCCUAAUCUGCUGAGACAAUCAAACGAGGGCUCUUAUUGCUACAGAUGAUCUCCACGGGCUUUUGGUGUUUAUUCUAAGCAGGCGAGCAGACAAUCAUUCACUGUUUGAGACGCGUAAGGCUGCCCCUGUACGCCUUUGGGCAUCACCGCCGAUAAAGGAUGAUAGGCUUGAUUAUAUAGCGUAAAUUAAAAGCAAAGUAUCCCCCGCAAUCCACACUGAAGAAAGAGGAGGAUCCAAACUAUGAUCCGAGGAUGAUUUCUGCUAAGAAAACUCCGGAGAAGAGUCGUUAUCCUAUCCACUAUUUGGUGUGGCACAACAAACACCGACAGCUGGAGAAAGAGCUGGCAACGAACGAGCAGACGGAUUUGGAGUCUCUGGACCCUCGGGGUCGAACUCCUCUCCACCUGGCUGUCACGCUGGGCCACCUGGAUUGUGCCAGGGUCCUGCUGCAGCAAGGAGCUGACGUUAGCAAGGAGAACCGCAAUGGAUGGACCGUUCUUCAGGAGGCGGUGAGUACCAGAGAUCCGGAGUUGGUGCGUCUCGUGCUUCGUUACCGUGACUACCAGAGGACUGCCAAGAGACUGGCGGGCAUCCCCGUUCUGCUGGAGCGACUGCGCCAAGCCCAGGACUUCUAUGUGGAGAUGAAAUGGGAGUUUACCAGCUGGGUGCCCCUGGUGUCUCGUAUCUGCCCCAGUGACACCUACAGAGUGUGGAAGAGUGGCCAGUGUCUCCGUGUUGACACCACCCUGAUGGGCUUUGAACAGAUGACCUGGCAGAGAGGAAACCGGAGCUUCAUUUUCAAGGGACAAGACUCCAGCGCAGAGGUGAUGGAGGUUGACCAUGACAGGCAGCUGGUGUUCCGCGAGACCAUGUGCGUCUCAUCCCUCACAGCACUCUCACCUGGCCGGGUGAAUGGCGGUGCCUGCAGCAGCACAGCCGCCGGUCUGGGCCUUCUGGGUGCGGUGCAGCCCAGCGACGAGCAGGUAGCGGCCAGGCUGUCGGCCCCCGUGGUGACCACGCAGCUGGACACCCGCAACAUCGCCUUCGAGAGGAAUAAGACGGGCAUACUGGGCUGGAGGAGCGAGAAGACUGAGACAGUGAAUGGAUAUGAAGCCAAGGUAUACGCAGCGUCCAAUGUGGAGCUGAUCACCAGGACCAGAACUGACCAUCUGUCAGACCAGAACAAGAACAAGACAAAAGGUGGGAAGACUCCACUGCAGAAUUUCCUUGGGAUUGCCGAGCAGCACAUGGGGCCUAACAACGGGGCCCUGGUGACCCAGAUGUCGGGUCCUGCGGUGACAAACCCUGCUGCGCUGACUGCCGAGGAAUACUUCAACCCCGGCUCGUCACCAACUCAGAGGGACAUUGGCCACCCAUGCCAGCUCACCACCAAGACCCAGAGGUUUAAAGCCAAGUUGUGGUUGUGUGAGUCCCACCCCCUGUCCCUGGCGGAACAAGUUGUGCCUAUCAUUGAUCUCAUGGCGAUCUCGAACGCCCUGUUCGCUAAGCUGCGUGACUUCAUCACUCUGCGCUUGCCGCCUGGCUUCCCUGUCAAGAUCGAGAUCCCUCUCUACCACAUCCUGAACGCCAGGAUCACCUUCAGCAACCUGAACGGCUGCGAGGAGGGGACGGGCGUCCGUGCCGACAACGAAGUCGGGGUGGAGGGGGACGGACAGAGGGACGCCCCGAGGAUAGACACCCCAUCUCCAGGCAGUGACUCCUCCAGCGUCUCCAGCUCCAGCUCCACCAUGUCAUGUCGAGGUGGAGAGAUUCCCCCAUGCGUGUUUGAGGCCCCACCUGGAUACACCAUGCUAGGAGGCAAACAGAGAGACAGCAUGAGGGAGGAGGAGGAGGAUCUGCUGCAGUUCGCCAUACAGCAGAGUCUGCUGGAGGCCGGCUCAGAAUAUGAUCAGGUGACCAUCUGGGAGGCGCUGACCAAUAGCAAGCCAGGAACACACCCCCUGUCCUGUGACCCAAGUCGUCUGGAGAGGACCCCCCAGCACAAGCCCCGACCCCCUUCCAGCCUCUGCUCCACCCCCUCCAAGAAGAAGCCCACCACUUGCAGCUACAACGAGCAGCUGCGCAUCGCCAUGGAGAUCUCAGCUCGGGAGCAGGAAGAGGCGGAGCUUCGGCGGCGGCAAGAGGAAGAGGAGCUACAGCGCAUUAUCCAGCUGUCACUCAUGGAGAAAUGAGAGCUGAGUGGCCGCAGCAGGGAUCUGAAAGGCUGAAAGGCUGAAGGGGGGGGUCUGGACCAAGGACACAUGGGAGAAAAAGGCAGCAUGGGCAACUUAAAGCACACUCUGCAAGUGGCUGGAAAGAUGAUAUUAGUGGUUUCAUACGAUCAAAUCGCCUUCUCCUUUCUCUCCCAUCCCCUUAGUCAGACCUUUCCCAUGAAGCCAUACGGUGAUGCGGCUGUCCGGCCUCAGACAGCCAGAGAGGGACUUCAGUUUGCUCUUUCUGGUGCCACCCGGUACUUUCUUGACCAGUGCCAGUUUACAACCAACAAUACAUCCAAUACAAAAAGUUUAGUGGAAUGCCUCCUUGGAUGAGUGAUUUCUGCCUGUUUGCAGGUAUGUCUGUGUGUGUGUGUGUGUGUUGUAUGUGUGUGUGUGUGUGUGUGUGUGUGUGUGUGUGUGUUUCAAAACCAGCUCUCUGCACAGGGGUCAACAGAUCACCCACUGUCCUGAAAACAAAGUGUGUUUGGCCAACUCUCUGCUCCAGCACUAACACACCUUCUGCCACUGAGUCGUGUGGUUUUCAGUCUUAACUGUGAUUUAAAAAAAAAAGAAACAGCUUGUGUGAAAGGAGCAGUGACCAACCAGGGACCAGUGGUGUGGAGAAUACCGUUAAACCUUCUUGGUCAAGUUGAGUUGAAUGUCGACAAACCAUCUGACUUCCUCAGUUUAUAAUGAAAACUAAUUUUAAAAAAAACACGGACUGGUACAUUUUAUUUGAUUUGCACAAAAUCCAGACGUACUGUACUUAGCUUGUGGGUGGAUCACGUAUAUGACUGUUAAUGGAUGUAGACAACAAGUUUGAGCACAAAACUAAACUCAGGCCAGUUCUAGUUUUAGCCUGACGUUAGACUGCAGGAGCACAGAUGUGAUGAUGAAGACUCAGUGUACUAUCUAACCUGUAUGUGACUGUGAAUGAGUUUGUGGCAGGCCUGUGUGUAAUACAAACAUUAAAGGGACAUGAUAGUGGUUUAUAAGUGGAUUGUGGAAUAGAAAUGCUACUAAAAGAGAUUUUCUGUAUAUUUGCAUCUUCUCACCUUACAUGAGCGGAUGAUUUUCUGUAUUUCUGUGUAGUCAUGGUACAGUGUGUGUACAAUAUUUCAGCAUGGUCUGCACCCGUGUGAGGUUCAUUCUGUCCGACUCGAGUCUAGCCUGGAGACCUGCAAUAUCAGAGCACGCUCUCUGAAGGAAGAUGUACCCUGCAAGAAUCACUGUAGAGGCUACUGACGGCAAUUUUAGGUUUUAUUGCACCCCGAUAGCAAGCUGGUUACAUAACACAACAUGCAUUAAAACAAAAGCAAAUCCAAAAGUGGCAAAAAAAAAAAAAAAAAAAAAAACAAGCAUUCAGCUCUUGGAUGGGAAAGAUUGUUGAAAUCCUGGCUUUCAUAAUUGUAAGUAAUUUCAUAUUGCAGGGCUAACGCAAAUGUUUUGUUGCGAGGGGCGAUGAUGGACAGGGACAGCUUGUUUCUUUUUUCUUUGUUAAUUCUUUGAAAGUAAUGUAAAACUUUCACACUCCAAUAUCAGCACAAACUGAGGAGAACCACCUCAGGCUUCUUUCCAAUUCAUAGUUAAGCUUGCCUGGUUGAUAAGAGAAAUAUUCCUUUUUUUACUUUUUAAAAAAUGUUGCAAGAUGUUUUCAUGGUGUAUUCUGGGAAGUGAGUUCAGAUAAUGAUUCAAAUAAAGAAACAUCUUUUGGA